ACAAUCCCUUGCUUGUGACCCGAGCUCUGCCUGACAUUAAAAAGCACAGAGAGAGGGGGAAGCGAUCGGCGGGUGCAGUGUGGCGCUGCUGUCAGGACAUCGCUGCCCCCGGGUAUGAUCCUUCUGAUGUGAUCACGAUAAGUCGCUGGUCGUGACCCCCCUCUCCCUCCCUCCUCCCCGGGCCGUGCAUUGUAUUCUAUCGGCAGGCUGGGGGAGUGACGAGGAUCGGAUGGACUUUCUGUAAUCCCCACCCUGCAUUGAUGCCCGGCGCUCCGACACCUUUCUCCCUGCACAUUGCCGUGCUCUAUCUCUGUACAUGGCCACCCGUACACACACGGUCCGUACGAUCUGAUCGAAGCUCCUAGUGCAGCGCCCGGCGACGAGAUCGCUGUCAUUGUGUAAUCGCGCGAUUCCCGAUGCCGAGAAGAUGGAGAGUCGGAAGCUGCUAGACAAGAAGCCGGGAGGCGAUGGGCUGGAGAGCGGGCUGGCCCUGUCCGCCCGGGAGCACUGCGAGCUCCUCCAGAACAUGAUCGACAUCUCCAUGUCCAACCUGCGGGGGCUCCGCACCCAGUGCGCCGCCUCUAACGACCUGACACAGCAUGAGAUCCGAACCCUGGAGGCCAAGCUGAUGAACUAUAUCAGUAAGCAGCUUCAAUGCAAGCUUCAAGUACCUCAUCCUGAGAGAACACAGAGGCUGAACCGUUAUCCUAAGGUCCCUGACUGGCUCUAUAUAAUUGGUGUGAGAAAUGAGGUGGUGCAGAAAAUACCUGAAGACUUAACACUAGAUGCCUUACUGGACAUGAAUGAGUUAAAAGUAAAAGAAACCAUGAAGAGGUAUGGAGCUAGCACGGAAGAGUGCUCUCGGCUGAAUGGAGCACUUACCUGUUUAAGGAAGUUAGCGUGGUCAGGUGGGGACAUGAAGGAUACAUUGUGGAAUCCAAGUGAAACCCGUAAAGACAGCUCUUCCCAAUAUGACCUCUCAUCCCCAGUGGGGACAGUUUGGACUUUACAUACUCAACUUCCAAAGGCCAAUAGCCACCAACCUCGAUCCAUAUCUGUGUCUGCCAUCCCUGUUUCUGAAUCACAUGGACCUUAUAGUUAUCCAGAGAGCUUCCAGGAUCCAUUUAGCUCAUCAACACCAAGCAAUAAGCUAACACUGAGGACUCCCCAUGGGAUUACAAUAACACCACCCACCACUCCAAUGACAAAGAGACACAUGAAACUAAAGCCUCCUCGGACACCUCCGCCACCUAGCCGCAAAGUUUUUCAGCAGCUGCUGCCUAACUUUUCGACACUGAAAAGAAGUAAAUCUCAUGAAUCACAGCUUGGGAACAGAAUAGAUGAAGUUCCAACUACAAAGUUUGAUAUUCCUCAUGGGUCACCACAAAUGGUACGGAGAGAUAUAGGUCUUUCAGUAACUCACAGAUUUUCUACAAAAUCUUGGUUGUCGCAAGUGUGUCACGUUUGUCAAAAGAAUAUGAUGUUCGGAGUCAAAUGUAAACACUGCAAGUUAAAAUGUCAUAAUAAAUGCACAAAAGAAGCUCCACCAUGUAGAAUAUCAUUCCUUCCUUUACCAAAAAUAAGAAGGACAGAAUCUGUUCCAUCAGAUAUUAACAACCAAGUGGAUAGACCCGCAGAACCAUUAUUUGGAACCCUUCCCAAAGCCCUUACUAAAAAGGACCAUCCUCCAGCAAUAAACCACCUGGAUUCAAGCAGUAACCCCUCUUCCACCACAUCUUCUACACCUUCUUCUCCAGCACCUUUUCAAUCAUCCAAUCCUCUCAGUGCUACUACCCCACCAAAUCCAUCUCCAAUGGGUCUCAAAGAUAGUCGCUUCAAUUUUCCAGCUGCGUACUACAUUCAGCAUAGACAACAGUUUAUCUUCCCAGAAGUCUUGACUCCACCACCAAUACCACAGACACCUGAACCCCCAGACAUUCCCAGUUCUGAGGCGGAGAUGGAAACAGAUGUAGUGGAAGAACAGGAAGCAGAGGGUGAGGAGCAAGAAGCCAACAAAUCUGAGCCAGAAUAUGAUGAUGAUGAACUGGAUGAACUCCCAACCUCAAGGUCCACAAGUGGUACUUUCAGGGGAAUCUUCCGCAAGGCCAGCCAAACCAGCGUCUAUUUGCAGGAAUGGGAUAUACCCUUUGAACAAAUUGUACUUGAUGAACUUAUUGGUCAGGGAAGAUGGGGGAAAGUGUACAGGGGACGAUGGCAUGGGGAGGUAGCAAUUCGUUUAUUGGAAAUAGAUGGAAACAAUGAAGACCACCUAAAGCUCUUUAAGAAAGAGGUGAUGAACUACAGACAGACACGUCAUGAAAAUGUGGUGUUGUUCAUGGGGGCCUGCAUGCAUCCUCCUCAUUUGGCCAUCAUUACUAGUUAUUGCAAAGGAAGGACACUUCAUGCAUUUGUGAGGGAUCCCAAAGCCUCCCUUGACAUAAAUAAAACCCGUCAGAUUGCUCAAGAAAUUAUUAAGGGUAUGGGUUACCUGCAUGCCAAAGGCAUUGUGCACAAAGAUUUAAAAUCAAAGAAUGUUUUCUAUGAAAAUGGCAAAGUGAUCAUCACAGACUUUGGCCUCUUCGGAAUAUCAGGAGUUGUACAGGAGGGAAGGCGAGAAAAUGAACUGAAGUUGAGCCAUGAUUGGUUAUGUUUUUUGGCACCUGAAAUUGUACGUGAGAUGGCCCCUGGGAAGGAUGAAGAUAAACUUCCUUUUUCAAAAGCUGCAGAUGUCUACGCUUUUGGGACUGUAUGGUAUGAACUGCAAGCUCGGGAUUGGCCUUUCAAAAGUCAAGCAACUGAGGCUCUUAUUUGGCAAGUUGGAAGUGGUGAAGGUGUGAAGCAGUUGUUAUCUACUAUAAGUCUCGGAAAAGAGGUCACUGAGAUUUUGGCUGCAUGUUGGGCAUUUGAUUUCAAUGAAAGGCCAAGCUUUACAAUCCUUAUGGACAUGUUAGAGAAACUGCCAAAACUUAACCGAAGGUUGUCACAUCCAGGUCACUUCUGGAAAUCUGCAGACAUUAACAGUAGCAAAAGUAUCCCCCGUUUUGAAAGGUUUGGCCUGGGAGUCUUGGAGCAGGGUAACCAAAAGAUCUAAUAUGCUGUGAGAUAUCUGAAAGUAAUAUUCAUGCUUAGUACUACAGCAACCAGCAGAGAUUGGAUUUGCAGCCAGUUGUGACUCCCUGUAAUGGAUUUUCUUUUUUUCCCUCUUUAAUUCAUUUUUACUUUAAUCCAUUCGGCACUGUCCUGGAGAGAGCAGGUAUCUUGCAUACCCCUACAGUGCUGAAUGGCUUAAAGAUUAACCAAGGAUAGAGAAACAGAGCUCUUCUUCCAAAAAUAGCACCACCCCUGUCCUCAGGUAGUGUAUGGUAUUACAACUUGGCUGCAUUCACUUCAAUGGAACUAAGCUGCAAUACCACACACAGUCUGAGGACAGGGUGGUGCAUUUAUGAAAGAAGUUAGCACUGUUUUUCUAUGGCUGGAUAACCCAUUUUAAGCUUUAACUUUACCUGCUGAUUUUGUUGUUUACAUAUGAUUUUAGGCUUGUGAGUUGUAUUGUGUUGAUGAAAGUGAAUAAAUGUGACUGACUUUUUUUUCUCCUGUAUAAGCUACGGAAUUAAAUUGAAAUGAAUCUAGGGGCUGUAACUUUUCAUGUCACUCCACCUAACCUAAAAUAGUUUUUCAUUCCUAAGCCAUAAUGUGCUCAUGAGGCAAUAUAAAAGACACUCCUCUGCUGUCAAGUCAAUCUCUGUCUAAGUCCGCCAUGAUGGGCCCUUCUGAAUACAGUACGCAUAAGUUUAGAUGUCAGCAAGCAGAGUUAGGUUCACUGCAAGUUAUUGCGAUAACUAAAGACUGAUUUUAAGUUGUAGACAAACUGUGACACUUGCUGCUCAGGUACCCACUCUCUGUUGAUACAGAAUCAUCUACUUAAAAUAAAUCUUCAGUCAUUUUUUACAUUUCAUGACUUAACAUAAGUCAAACACACAACAUCCAAAAAAGAUCGGUAAUUAAAAAAAAUUGUGGCUGAAAGUUUGAUGGACAUUUUCAUCAUUGAGGUCCUUGCAGGGCAAGGAGCAUCAUUGUUGCCCUAUGUUAAUGUCGCUACGAGCGUCAUUUACAGUUACCAGUUGUGCCACCACUAAUGAGGAUUUUUGUAAAAAUCGAUAAAGAUCAUGGUGGGGCAUUUACUAAGAUGUGUUUGAUUUAGUAAAUUUUUUUGUUCUUUUAUUAAAUGGCCGCAGGGCAUUUGAUACAUUUUGUGGAGGAUACAAAUUUUCUAAUAUUUCACUCUUCACAUACACCAAAAAGCUACGCUAGGUUGGGCUGGUGUAGAAUUGCACCUUAAAGGGGAUAUUCCGGGCAAAAACAUCUUAUCCCCUAUCCAAAGGAUAGGAGAUAAGAUGUCUGAUCGUGGGGGGCCUGCUGCUGGGACCCCCCCGUAAUCUCCAUGCAGCACCUUGCAUUCUAUGCGGAGCUGCGUCUCUAGUUUCAGAAACCUCCGGGUUUCCGGGACUGGAGACGUGACGCAAUGCCACGCCCCCUCCAUUCAUGUCUAUGGUAGGGGGCGUGAUAGCCGUCACGCCCCCUCCCAUAGACAUGAAUGGAGAGGGCGUGGUGUGACGUAACGUCCCCAGUCCCGGGAAACCCGGAGGUUUCCGAAACUAGAGACGCACCCCCGCAUAGAAUGCGGGUGCUGCAGGGAAAUUGCAGGGGGUCCCCGCGACCAGACAUCCUAUCCUUUGGAAUACCCCUUUAAUGUUGGGUUUUGUGGCUUUUUUGCGACAGUCACUAUUGAUAAAUUAAUUACCACUGCACAAGUCUAACCCUUAACAUCUGGCCUGUAUGCUCUUUUUAAAAAAAAGGUGUAAAUCGAAAAUGUGCAAAAAAAUAGCUUGAGGCACAAAGCUACACCUAAAUAGCAACAAAUCAAAGCAACAAAAAACGCUCAAAACACAAUGAUAAAUGCCCCCAAUAGAUUUCUAAAGAAAAUCUUCUGCCUUAUUCACAGUGGACAGUUAUACGUGUAGUUAUAGUUGACACGCUGAAAACCAUAGAGUAAAGCUUCCUCAGUGCUAGUCAUCUGAGGUCUAAACUCAACUAAGGCCAAGUUCAUAUCCAUAGGAUUCAUUUAGUCAUUGAUAAUAUCCACAGGGCCCUAUCCGCCUGCUGUAUGCCAAAAGAGUGGCACAUUUUUAUUGGUACAUUUUUUUCUUUUUCUGCUGGAUAGAAUAGCAUUCUUAGUGAAUCUUCCUGAUGUAUGCCUCUGAUGGAGGACUUAUGUGCAUCCUGAACAGAGCCUAAUUUCUGUAGGAAUCCAAAUGAAUCUGAUUUUGGAAUAAAAUUACAACACAUCAGCCAGUAUGGGCAAAUAUUCAAAAUCUCUAAACUUUAAUGAUAGAAAUACAUCCAUAUUUUUUUUUUUGUCUCGUUAUGUAUGCUAUUACUAGAUAUGAGUCUGAAGGGAGAAUGUUAGAGCUUUUCCCCUUUUGAGUUCUACAGUACUUUCAGCCUGAAGAGAUUGUCUAAGUGUACCACUCAGCAGCGAUCUGUAAGUGCAGAUGCAAACACUUGAACUUUGCGAAAGACACAGUGGAAAUGAGGGCUACAUGUAUUUGCUUGGAGAAUUCAACUAACCACUUCAAAAGCUCUUUUAACAAAGAAAUACAACGCUCAAGAUGUUUAAAAAAAAAGGCAUAGAGCCGAAGUACCAUGUUUUACACUCCUUUAUCUCAAAUAAAACAAAGUUACAACUCGAACUGAACAUUUUAUAUUUGGCAGUUACAAUUGUGCUUGUUCACCUUUCAUCAGAUGUUACUCAACUCACAAUGCAGCAAAGCUCUUUAAAGGGGUACUCCACCCCUAGACAUCUUAUCCCCUAUCCAAAGGAAAGAGGACAAGAUGUCUGAUCGCAGGGACCCCCCAACCCAACCACCCCAAAGUUUUAUUUUGGGAAGCAAAAUUAUCUAAAAUCAGCAAAUCUUGCAUUAGGUUUUUUUUUUUUUUAACUAUUUUCAUCAUGUGGGAUAAAUAGAGUGAUAUUUUAUGUUUAUUUAUACUGGGUGUUUUUUUUUAUAUGACAAGUGGGAAAGGGGUUUGUCAUUUUUAUGUAUAUUUUUAAAAGUAGGUAACAUAACCAUGUGAUCACUUAAUUACUUACAUGUUGCAACAUAUUGUCAAAAAACUGCUUACAAGGCAAGGCCUAAUAGGAGUACUGUCAUGGCUGACUUCACUAGAUUAGUUUAUGUUAGGAAAACCAAAUGGAACCCCGCAAUCACAUUGUGGGGGCCUACUCCCAUCUAACAGCUUAGGUGGUGCAGUCACAAUACUGCAUGACUGUGGCAUCUACUUAAAGGGGUGUUCCAGGCAAAACCUUUUUUUUGUAUAUAUCAACUGGCUCCGGAAAGUUAAACAGAUUUGUAAAUUACUUCUAUUAAAAA